AUGGAAACCGCGCCGACACAGACGCCGAGCGGUGGCUUCGCGCGCGCCAAGGGCAGGCGUGUGUCGCGCGCAUGCCUGUCCUGCCGGGUGCGCAAGACCAGAUGCGACCUCGACUCGGACGGCGUGUCUGGCAAUCCCCCCUGCCGCCGCUGCGUCGAGCACCAGAUCGAGUGCGUCCUGGCCAAGUCGAGGCGUGGCGGCCGCCGCGUCAAGGGCGUCAAGGGCGCGCUGCCGCCUUCGAGCACCAGCAGCCAGCGCGCCAUCUCCUCCCACGGCCCGGGCGACGACGCCAUCGCCGACUACCGCGCUCAGCAGGCGGACCCCGACGUGCGGCAGGGCUGGCCCUCGCCUCAGUCGGCGCAGAACUGGCGCGGCGAGAGCUCGGUCGAAUCGUCGCAGGAUACCGCAGAGGAGUCGAGACGCGACUCGGACGGUCUCGAGGGCCACAUUGCCUCUACAGACCUCCUCAACCCCUCGGACGCGCUGGAUCUGCUCGCACAGGUGGCCGAUCUCGAUCCUGGCGGGCGCCGCAGCUCGUCAGGGCGAGACGCCGCCAAGAGCCGCAAUGCCCCGGGCUCCGGCGACGGCGCCGCCCCCUCCACCGCGUGCUUUCCGCCCGUCGCCAACGGGAUACUGACCUGGCCCGAGGCAUCCUAUCUCGUCAGACGCUACCACGACAAGUACCAUCCCUUCUUCCCCAUAGCCUACAGCAGCAUCUUCGACGGCCGGCCCGUCUCGGAGUGGGCGGACAAGGAGCCGCAUCUGUUGACGGCCAUCCUGACGGUCGCUUCCAAGGACGACCCGUCUUGGUCGCGCGUCUACGAGGCCUGCUCGCAGUACAUGGAGAGCCUCGUGUCUAAGCUGAUUUACGCGGGAUCAACCAACAUCGGCUCUGUCGAGGCCCUGCUCAUUCUCGCCGAAUGGGCUCCUCAGCGCCCGCAGGACAAUUCGACCAUUGGGUGCGGCCAAGAAGACCACGGGGCGUGGAUGCUCGUGGGCAUUGCCAUCCGGCUGGGAUACCUCCAGCGACUCGAGCAGACGGGACUGGUGUCGGAGAAUGGAGCUCAGUCGGCCGAUGCGAGCAGGAAGCGGAUUGCGUGGGCGGCCUGUUACAUGAGCGACCGCCAGGUCUCGAUCCGUCUCGGCAAGGGAUUCUGGUCGCGCGGGCCGAUCCCUUCCAUCAGCUGGCGAGCCGCUGACUUUCCGUCCCUGCAGAACCAGGCGCUCGGGCCCGACAGCCUGGCACUGCUGUUCCAGGCCCAGCUGGAGCUGAUUCAACUCUUUAGCAAUGCCCACGACAUUCUCUACUCGUCUUCGACGCACAGAAAGCAGCUGUACACCGGGGGAGAGUACAUUCGAUAUAUAGAUGACUUUGCCUCUGUCUUGCGAAAGUGGAAGCUAUCGUGGGCUAAUUGCACAUUUACACCUCCGGUCAAGGCGUCGCUGGUGCUGUCGUUUGAGUUUCUGCGGCUCUACAUCAAUGCGUUUGCCUUCCAGGCCACUCUCAACCGCGCCGUCGCCAGAGCAGGCCAGCGAACGUCGGUCAAGGCCCAGGCCAUCGGCUCCCUGUUUUCGGAUGUCGCCGGCAACCCCGACGCGCGAUUCAUCUACGAGUCUAUCGACGCGGCCAACUCGCUCCUCAGCAUCCUCAACACCUUCAUCGACCCCGUCGCCGGGCUCAAGUGCAUGCCGCUAAAGUACUGCCUCUACGUCAUUUACGCCGCCGUGUUCCUGUUCAAGGCGAGACUGGCCGGGGCCAUCAGCGGCGAGGGGGACGGAGGCGUGCGGCGGGCCAUCCAAGGGACCAUUACACAGCUGCAAAAGACAUCCAACAACCCGCACAGCCUGGGCCGGCGCUACGCCACGUCGCUCCGCCUGUUGUGGCGAAAGUCUCCGAGCAAGCACUCGGCCAAGGCCAGCUCCCGAACCGAGUCGGCGCGAGAGCCACCCACGCCGGCGCAAGGGGCCCCGAGCCGGCCGGAGGCGAUGCCUGCUGGCGAGAAGGCGAUGGAGAUGGAUCCGCUGAAUGGUUUCUCGUGGAGAGACCUGGAUUCUCUGGGCCAGUACAUUGUCAACAGCUCGGCGCUGAGCACGACCGACGGCAUGUUGACGAGCCACGAGUUUGACUGGGAGCACAGCUCGGCCGGGUUGGACGACUUGGCCAUGAGACCGCAGCUGGACGCAAUGUGGUCGGGGCACGACAUCAUCUUUUAG